AUGAGCACAUACACAAGAAGAAGACCCAGACCUCAAGGGCAGGACAACAUUGCAGCACAAGGCAAUGUCUAUCCUCAAGCACAACAUGGUGUUGUACCUGGUAGGAGAACAGAUGGAAUAGACCGCCCAUUUCCAAACAAGCCUGUCAGCCACAGGAGACCUCUCAACCCCAGGACAAAAGACUCACUUGAUCUGUAUGAUUUUGAAAAAAUCAAUGUUACCAAACAACCAAGAGGCUCUUUCUUGCCCCAAGAACAUAAUUUAAGUGGCAUCAGAGAGACCACUGGAUCCCAGCUUCCAAGAAAAGACUCAGACGGACCGCCGAGUGGAGAACUGCAGAUGGCCAGAGCAAUUCAUGCAAAAGAGCUUGUGCUACAGGAGAAGCUGUGGAGGGUUGAGGAAAAAAUAAGGCAAAAGCUCCAGAGGGAUAGUGUUGAAGCUUUUGCAGGUAUGAAGAAUGAGGAGGAGAAGCACAACAGCGGACAGGCAGAAAGGGGAAAAGCUCAGACAAAAACCAGACUGUCUGAGCAGCACAGGCAAGAAGCAAAGAGCAGCAGAGACAUACUGAUGCAAGAAAGAAGACAGGAAAGACAGGAGGAUGUUACGCAACUUAGGAGAAACCAAGAUCAGAGAAGCAAGGACAGAAUCCAAAAGACACAUGAAGAAGAGGAGGCCAGAUGGAAAAGAAGAGAAACAGAAGUUGCAGAGUGUCCCCAGUCAAAAAGAAAAGGAAAUAAAGGAACUCAUAACAUUACAGUAAAUCAUCAAAAAGUGAGCGGAGAGCUGAACAAACUGAGAUGGGAGAAUGUGAAAGAGUAUAGCAGAGGAAAAGGGGAUGAAAAAGAUCAUCACAUUUGGGGAAAAGCAGGUGUGAGGCCACAGGAUCGAGUGGAGAAAGCAAAGGAAAGAGAGCAAAAUAAGACCUCUUUAGGCAAUAUAGGUUGGACAAGAGAAAAGAAAUAUAGGGAGAGAGGAUAUAAGGACAUGCACUGCACAUAUGACGAGCGAGACAUACCUCAAGUAAGCCAACAGAAAAACGCUCAUAGACUGGCAAUAGAAAACCACGGAGGUGCAGAACGUAAAUCAAGGGAAUCAUCUCUCCCACAACUUUCUAGUCCUUCUCAUCCCAGCAGACCACAGGAGGACGUGCUGGGACUCACGGAUAGCACAGACGGCAGCUUCCAGCUUCUUCUUUGCGGAAUCUGCAACAGAAAGUUUGCAAGUGAAAGGUUAGAAAAGCACAUCCAAAUCUGCGAAAAGGUGAACCAGUCACGUCGUCAAGUCUUCAACUCCUAUCUUAACAGGACCAAAGGAUCCGCCAUAGAGGAGUUCUGGAAAACCCACAGCAUAAGCAAGACUCCAGAGGUUUUACCGAAAAAGAACCAAAGACAGAACCACAAGGCCAACGCAAAGAAUGUGCAGCAGGGUCGACUCCCGGCUGGAACCUCACACCAAAAAUGGUCCAAGUGA